AAUAAUAAUAAUAAUGAAAGAAAAAAUAAGUUUAAAAAAAAUAUUAUUUUUUCUUCCGCGACGCAGGAAGACUGUUUUCCCUAGAAACCGUUUACAUGGUUCGCACUUCCGGGUGUUGCCUGCUCUGAAUCACGCGCAUUAUCGUCGCUGCAGCACCUUCGGCAUCCCGGAUACCAGUCGGUGAUCACCAGCAGCAUCGGGUUGAGAUGUCUCUUUUAGAUAUCUAGUAGCAACACACCGCUGGAAUCAAGACGGUCGAGAAAAAGCGCUGCUGAAACACACAACUCUGAAGACAUAUUUGUUAUCGUUCCACCCACGUCUCUCUACUGUUGCUUUUUUCCCCCUUCACAUUUUAAAUGAAUCUUGUAAGAUUUAUGAAUAGCAGAGUUCCGUCCAAUAAGAGGUAUCAACCCACAGACUAUGAACAUGCUGCGAACUGUGCUACACACGGACUGUGGGUAAUCCCUAGCCUAUUGGGCAGCUCUGUGCUGCACUUCCUGUCUGAGGACCAAUGGGAGCGUGUCUCAGCCUGGCUCUAUGGGGCGGGGCUUACCUCCCUCUUCCUCAUCUCUACUCUGUUCCACACGGUGACCUGGAAGAAAAGCCACCUACGGUCUGUGGAGCACUGUUUCCACAUGUGUGACAGAAUGGUGAUCUAUUUCUUCAUAGCAGCCUCCUACGCCCCCUGGUUGAACCUGCGGGAGCUGGGACCCUGGACCUGUCACAUGAGGUGGUUGGUCUGGGUGAUGGCCUCUGUCGGAACCACCUACGUCUUCUUCUUCCACGAGAGGUAUAAGUUAAUGGAACUGAUCUGUUAUACAGUGAUGGGAGUGUUCCCAGCCUUGGUCAUCCUGUCAAUGCCGGACCGCGAGGGGCUGUGGGAGUUGUUAGUGGGCGGUGCCUGUUACUGUCUGGGCAUGGUGUUCUUCAAGAGUGAUGGCCUCGUCCCGUUCGCCCAUGCCAUCUGGCACCUGUUUGUUGCCAUGGGAGCAGGCGUCCAUUACUACGCCAUCUACCGGUACCUCUACACGCCAGCAGCCAAUCAGAUGAAGACAUCCAGAUGACACACGGAGA